UUGCGAGUAUUGCUACGACCUGCGACAGUGCUAGUGGUGCUAGCACAAGUGCGAUUGUUGCAACUUUUCUUCUUUGUGAUCCGCCCAUCUCGGACAAUUUCGAAGCCUAGAUAAAUACGAGCUGAUUAUGAUACGCUGCAGCCUAAAAUAAUAAUAAAUGCGUUGUGGGAAAAAAUAUAUUAUAGAAUCUCAAGUUUCGUGAUAUUAACACCGUUAUAGGGGUAUUAAAAAAAAGGAAACUGAGCGAACACAGCGUAACAUAACCUAUAAGAUAACAUGACCUACAUAACGUGUAUUAGCUCUUAGUCCGUCAGCACCUUACAAGCGGUCAGAAGUGAUUAAAUAUUCAGUUCACAGGACAGCAGACGUCCUUUACGGAAGAGAAAAGCAAUCAGAAUUGCUCGCAGAAAACGCCAUGCUGUGCUAUGUGUUGUGGCGAGACAUUGGUCGAUGGGAACAACAUGCUGGGUUUCACUGGCCGGGAGGCACGGCUGGCGGGGAGGGUACGUGAGAUGGAAGAACAAAACCAGCUUUUACGUCGUCAGCUCAGCAUAUCUCAGAGCCACCUCGUUGCAGCUAUGCGAAGUAGCAAUCAUACACCAACACAAAACUUUGUACAGCCUACCCAUGACCAUCCAGGCCCAUGCCCUAAUCAAGAAGCAGAUGUGCCGAAGUGUGAAGUGGUGCACGUGGCGAUCGUAUGUGCUGGAUACAACUCCAGUCGCUCAGUUGUUACGCUUAUCAAAUCAAUACUAUUUUAUAGCAAGAAUCCACUUCAUUUUCACCUCAUUGCUGACUCAGUUGCACAGGUCAUCCUCCAGACUUUAUUUUACACUUGGAGUGUACCACAAGCGGAAGUGAGUUUUUAUCUGGCGGACAAUGUGGUGCCAGAUGUGUCGUGGAUUCCCAACAAACACUAUUCUGGUGUGUAUGGCCUGCUGAAACUCACACUGCCCAAAGUGUUGCCUGACACACUACAGAAAGCCAUUGUACUGGACACAGACGUUACCUUUGCCACAGAUAUUGCGGCACUAUGGAAGAUCUUCUCCAAGUUGAGUCCCAAACAGGCAAUUGGUCUUGUUGAGAACCAGAGUGACUGGUACCUGGGGAAACUGUGGAAGAAACAUCGACCAUGGCCUGCUCUAGGUCGAGGGUACAAUACAGGGGUAAUUCUCCUACAACUCCAGAGGCUUCGUGAAUUGGGAUGGGGUCACUUGUGGCGUCUUAUAGCUGAAAAGGACCUCAUUACUAUGCUUGCAACUAGCUUGGCUGAUCAGGACAUUUUCAAUGCCAUUAUCAAGCAACACCCAUACCUGGUGUACAACCUGCCCUGUCAGUGGAAUGUGCAGUUGAGUGACAACACUCGCAGUGAGCUCUGUUACACUGAGGUCACUGACCUCAAGGUUAUACAUUGGAAUUCUCCUAAGAAACUGAAAGUGAAAAACAAACAUGUGGAAUUUUUCCGUAACUUAUAUCUAACAUUCUUGGAAUAUGAUGGAAAUUUACUGAGAAGAGAAUUGUUUGGUUGUAACAAUACAAAGAUGUCGCUGAAGGAUAGAGAGCUGAGUAAGCUAAAUGAAGAGGAUCCGUGUUAUGAAUUCCGUCGUGCUCAUGUGAACAGUUUGCGGACGCAUCUGUACUUUCUAGAUUAUGAGUAUGAGCCGUCAGCUGAUGGGUAUGAUGUCACACUGGUUGCUCAGCUGUCUAUGGAUAGGUUGCAAAUGGUUGAGGCCCUUUGCAAACACUGGGAAGGACCGAUAAGCCUUACUCUGUACAUGUCUGAUGCAGAAGCCCAGCAGUUCCUGAGCUAUGCCUUGAGUUCUGAAGUUCUGAGCAGUAGAAAGAAUAUUGGCUAUCAUAUAGUAUACAAAGAAGGUAGCUUUUACCCUGUGAAUUUUCUUCGAAAUGUGGGUCUACAGCAAGUGAACACACCGUAUGUCUUCCUCACUGACAUUGACUUCCUUCCAAUGUAUGGCCUGUAUUCAUAUCUCAAGAAGUCUAUACAAGUUCUCAGUUUGGACUCUGCAAAAAAGGCAUUAGUGAUUCCAGCAUUUGAGACACAGCGGUAUCGCAUCACAUUUCCAAAGAGUAAAGCAGAACUUCUCAGUAUGUUGGACAUGGGAACACUUUUUACAUUUCGGUACCAUGUGUGGACUAAGGGUCAUGCUCCCACUAAUUAUGGUAAAUGGAGGACAGCUACAACCCCAUACAAGAUUCAGUGGGAACCAGAUUUUGAGCCAUACAUUGUUGUGCGGAAAGAUAUUCCUGAAUAUGACACUCGAUUUGUCGGUUUUGGAUGGAAUAAGGUGUCCCAUAUAAUGGAACUGGAGGCUCAAGGAUUUGAGUUUGUCGUCCUACCAAAUGGUUUCAUCGUUCACAUGCCGCAUGCUCCUAGCUUUGACAUAGCAAAAUUUAGGAGCUCAUCACAGUAUAGAAAGUGCCUGAAGAUACUGAAAAACGAAUUUGUGAAGGACCUCAGCAAACGUUACAGUAAAGUGUUUGAUAUGGAAGUGUGAUACAGUGCAGUACUACAACUAAACUUGUGAAAAUGUUCACUAGUUGUGGAAGAAGCACUGGUUGCUUGAUGAACAGUAUUUGUGACAAUAAUUGUGGUAGCACUUGUACCUUCAUAUUUAUUAAUUUAUUUGUCCUCUUUUACUCAUGUUUAAUUAACAUGAUAUAUGUAGAUAUUUUGAUAUUUUACUAGUGUAAUAUGUUUGUCUCAAACAUACUUUAUUGCAGAAAUGUGUCCUAUAGUUGAGUUCAAUCAUUCUUUUUAUAACAUUUUAUUGUAUUGCUUUUUGUAUAACUUUUAAUUUUUUAAUGUCUUCAGUCAUUCUCCAUUAUUUAGCAAUAAACAUCACAUUUAUUUUCUGAAAUUUAUAUGAAAGAUUGUAAGUUUUUAUGAAUCCAUAUUUGUGCUUGGGUUUCUUUGUGACUUUCGUCUCUCUGCAGAUCCUGUGAGAAUUAUGCAGCUGAAGUCCAGUAGCUCUAAAAAGCAAAGGUUUGUGACUGUUAACUUCAUUUAUAUGACAUGAUUAUGUUGUAAUUGAUAUGUUGAUUCUUGUAUCUUUACAUAAUUCAUUACUGCUGUACUGACGACAGUUUUAUUUUCUUUUUCUUUUCCUGCAGUUGUGACUUAACUUGAAUCAGAGGCAAGCUGGAGAUGCAGUGAUUGUUUUGGGGGUUGAUGAUGUCAGUUGCAGCCAAACAGAACUGUUCGUACAGUCAAGUGAAGAUGAGAGAAGGUGUGACUGUUGAAAUAUGUCUACACCAGAGAAUGGAAAAAAGGCCAACAUAAUCAUGUCACAUGAAUGGAAUCCAAUUUGUAGCCUUCGCACGUAUAAUGAUAGAGUGUAUAAUGUUUCCUGUUGAGUAACUGGAAAUGAAUUUCUUGUAAUCGCUGGUAACAAUAGCACUGCCUGAGCUGAUGUGUUUGGCUAAAUUCUGUUCCAAAACAUUGUCUCCUGCUAAUAACUUUCCAAACGAAAACUGAGUGCUGGCAGACAUUUCUGCUUCCAGCUCAAGUAAAUUAUAGACACAAAUGGACAGUAUAUGAUGCAUUAUUUAUGUUUAAUAUAGUUAGCACCAGUUAAGGGAAAUUCCAUGUUUGAGGUGCAUUAAUAUCAUACACUUCAUUGAAGUAACUGUGUGGGCAACUCUGUAUUGCAGACUUUGCAACUUCAAAAGAUGCAUGUCUGCUGCCACAGAUAUCCGGAUUUGGCAAACAAAGUCAUUAUGUGCCUAAUUAUUGCUUUGUUACUGUCAAACUUGUAGGUGGAACAUCUACAUAGGAUGUCACCAGAAAGAGUUCCUAAGCAACUUUUAUAUUCUCGGUUGACAGAGAUAAUUCAGGAUUUUCAAAGGGAAAAUUGCUUGAUAUUUGAAGUUGGAACAGGCCAACAAGCUUAUACCAUGAAUAUAUUUAUGAUUGUUUUGUUUAGUGUUAAUUUAAUAUUGUGGCAAAUAGACCCACUGCUAAGCAUCGACUGCUAAAUAAGCAACUAUACAAUAGUCGUUGCUAAGUAAUGGUGCUGCAAACAAAGGCUGUUGCUAGGCAAUGGCUGAGUAGUGAUCACGUGGGCACUCCAACAGACAUGAACGCAAUGAUUGCCUUGCAACAGAAGAGCAGUGUUUUCUACAAGGUCCAUGCCAAAAUGUUACAAGCAAACUAAGAGUGAGCUGAGUUACUUGUGUGGAGGCGGGGUCGAAUACCUCCACCAUGACCCUUCGAGUUGUAGGAGGUGACAAAA